CGCAGGUGCUGCGGGAGGGCGGUUCGCGGGCCUGCCUCCCUCCCUCCUUCCUUCCUGCCUCUCUCCCUUCCCUCCCUCCCUCCCUCCUCGUGUGGGCGAGGCGAGGUCGGGGCCUGGGGAGCACGCGCUCGGCUUUGGGAGAAAGGACCAGUGCUGGCCAGAGAUGAUGGCUGGCCAAAAUAACUUCUAUAUUGGUCUGAGCUUGGCUCUCAGCUCCAGCAUUUUCAUUGGUGCAAGCUUCAUCCUGAAGAAGAAGGGACUUCUUAAGAUUGCCAGCAGAGGCUCUGUGAGAGCAGGUCAUGGUGGCCAUGCAUACCUAAAGGAGUGGCUCUGGUGGGCUGGACUACUAUCCAUGGGGGUCGGAGAAGCUGCCAAUUUUGCUGCCUAUGCUUUUGCCCCAGCCACACUAGUAACACCCCUGGGUGCACUGAGUGUGUUAGUGAGUUCCAUUUUGUCCUCUUACUUCUUGAAUGAAAAGUUGAACAUUCAUGGGAAGAUUGGUUGUGUGCUAAGUAUUCUGGGCUCAACGAUGAUGGUGAUCCAUGCCCCCCAGGAGGACAUGAUCUUCACCUUGGCAGAGAUGUCUGAGAAGCUGAGAAGUCCAGGAUUCAUUGGAUUUGCCAUAUGUGUGCUGGCAAGUUCCACUGCCCUUAUCUUUGUGGUAGGACCUCGAUAUGGCCAUAGUAAUGUCCUGGUGUACGUUCUGAUCUGCUCCUCAAUUGGUUCCCUUUCUGUGUCCUGCGUCAAGGGUUUGGGCAUCUCCCUGAAGGAGCUUUUUUCAGGGAAGUCUGUCCUGAAGGAACCCCUUGGUUGGGUGCUGCUGUUUUGUCUGGUGGUUUGUAUAAGCAUUCAGAUCAACUAUCUGAACCGGGCUUUGGACAUUUUCAAUACCUCGAUAGUCACUCCCAUCUAUUAUGUCCUUUUCACCACAGCUGUCAUGACUUGCUCUGCCAUUCUCUUUAAGGAAUGGCAAUAUAUGGUCCUAGACAGUAUCAUUGGCACAAUCAGCGGUUUCUUAACCAUAGUUUUUGGCAUUUUCCUUCUUCAUGCCUUUCGAGAUAUCCCUUUUUCUCCUGACCUGAUAUAUUUUUCUCUGAGGUCAAAUUCAGGUAAUUCCCGUGCUCCUCCCUGGAGGGAAAACAAAAGGCAAAAUCAGCCUCUUCUAGAUGGAGAUGAUCCCAACAAAGAGUUCCAGAACAUUGUGGUUGAAUAUCUGUGAAUAAUCUUAGGCAGAACACUCCCUGUUUCUGUUGGGUAAGGUGGCCUUUGUACUUUUACUUAAGAUCUGCCCAGGCCUCUGACAUCCAGCCAGACCAGAUCAAAUUAUAUUGUGGAGAGGAGCAAAUUAAUACCUAACUAGUAAGCAGUGGAACAGCAGAACCUUCCCAACUGCCAUGUUGUUUCUAAAGUCUCAUUUGCUUCACUUGCCUAAUAUGCUGAGUUAUUGUAAGACAUGCUGCUAGAUGUAUAUGUGGUUGUAUAUGUAUACUGGUGAAGUAUUUGUGAAAAGAACCAUCUAUCUCUCAUCACUAGUUCAUACAGAAACCUAAAAGCACUGAUGUUAGUCUGAUUUACUUGUUACAGUUUGAGAAUUCGAAUGUUUUAAGUGUUUAGUGAAGGCUAGGUUUUUAAAAAAUGUUUUUAAAGGUGUUUUUAUGUCACUUUCAGUGCUAACUGAAUCCUGACCAUCCUGAAGUUUAUAUCAAGGACUUGAGUAUAAUUACUAAUAACUGCUGGCUGCUACCACCUGCCUGGUAAGAGGAUUUAAUUCUAAAAACCACAUUCCAGAGAUUAUUAACCUCCACUCCCACCCCAAUCCCAUCCCCAAGCUGAAGGGCAAAGAUUAUUUAGCUACCCAGUCCUAGCUGGCCCAGUUUUAUACUUAGAGAGCUGGUUCUGCCCAGUUCCUGUAAAUUAUACUGUUAAAGUACAUUCAGAGUCGCUUGUAAAUGUAAAAUGUUCGAGACCAAGGAGAGAAGCAGCUUAAAUGGCCCCAGAUGUGAGUUUUUGGCUUGGCUUAGAGCAAAGAGUUCUCUGGUCCUUCACCAUUUCCCUGAAGACUUCCAGAUUUAGUGGCAGCCUCCACACCAGCAUGAACAGCAGUUAUAGGGAUUAUGCUUCCUGUCUGCAAACCACCUUGGAGUUUGGAGUGUUCUUGCCUGGAAUAGUAGUGAUGUAUGGAGUCUAUAGGAGGCUCGUGGUGUGUUUGAAAGAGAUAAGUAAUCACUAGAAUGUAAGCUCCUUGAGGGCAGGGGACACUCUGGUUUUUAUUUGAUGCUUAAUAAAUGUGGAUUCUUGAUGAGCAAUAUAGGCAUUUCUGUUCCUGUUCUUCAUUCUAGGGAUAGCUUCAGUCUGGGGAAAAGUGAAACCGCAGUGUGCCUGCAACUUUGAGCUCAGUUUCCUCUAGCUAGUUAUAGAUUCCUUAAAUAGCCUUACAGAAAAGGUCCAUGAAUCAUCUCUUUGUCACCCAUUAAGGACAAAGGAUUUCAUUUCACAGGUCAUCGGUACCUUAGUUUUGGAGAGUUGCCUGGGGGAGACCAAAAUGAACUGGCCUGGCCAGGGUCACACAGCCAGUUUAACAGAUAACAGCCAAGGCCAGCCCUCUCUGCUAAGCUAGCUGCUUCAUCAUCUGUGUUAGACAACUAUUGGUUAAUCCAUGGUCCGUGCAAAGGAUAUGACUUAUUAUAUAUGGCUGAAAGAAUCUAGAAUUGUUCUAUUUGUAAAGCAUCAUAGGAGUGAGAAGCUGGUCCACUUCCUUCAUUUUACAGGUGAGGAAGCUGAGACUGAGAUUAAUGAGUCCAGGGUCACACAGACACUAAGGGGCAGAGCUGAUGCAGCCUUUGAUGAUUCUGUUUCUCAAGAAGGGCAGCUAGGUGGCACUGAAGUGGAUAGAGUGAAUGAGGCUGGAGUCUGGAAUACUCAUUUUCCUGAAUUCAAAUCCAGCCUCAAGACACUUCCUAGCU